UCCCCCACCAUGGUGGGUCUGAAGCCCCCCGAGGUGCCGCCCCCCCCAGCCGUGAAGUUCCUGAGCGCCGGCACCGCCGCCUGCAUCGCAGACCUCUGCACCUUCCCCCUGGACACUGCCAAAGUGCGGCUGCAGAUCCAAGGGGAGGUGCGGAUCCCCCGGGCCCCCAGCGCCGUGGAGUACCGAGGGGUGUGGGGGACGCUCAGCACCAUAGUGCGGACCGAGGGUCCCCGCGGCCUCUACAGGGGGCUGGCGGCAGGGCUGCAGCGCCAGAUGAGCUUCGCCUCCAUCCGCAUCGGCCUCUACGACUCCGUGAAGCAGCUCUACACCCCCAAGGGGGCUGAGAGCUCGGGGCUGGGGACUCGGCUGCUGGCAGGCUGCACCACGGGCGCCGUGGCGGUGGCCUGCGCCCAGCCGACCGACGUGGUGAAGGUUCGGUUCCAGGCCAGCGCCGCCCUGCCCCGCGUCGCCGGCCGCUACAGCGGCACCUGGGACGCCUACAGGACCAUCGCCAGGGAGGAAGGGGUCCGCGGGCUCUGGAGAGGGUCCCUGCCCAACAUCGCUCGCAACGCCAUCGUCAACUGCGGGGAGUUGGUCACCUACGACCUGCUUAAGGAUGCCCUGCUGCAGGGCCACCUGAUGGAAGACAACGUCCCCUGCCACUUCGUGGCCGCCUUCGGGGCCGGGUUCUGCGCCACGGUGGUGGCGUCGCCGGUGGACGUGGUCAAGACUCGGUUCAUGAACGCCGGCCCCGGGCAGUACCGCAACGUCCUGAGCUGCCUGCUGGCGCUCCUCAUGCAGGAUGGGCUCUCGGGGCUCUACAAGGGCUUCCUGCCCUCCUUCCUGCGGCUGAGCUGCUGGAACGUGGUGAUGUUCAUCUGCUACGAGCAGCUCCAGCGCGCCCUGCUGCUGGCCAGCCCGGCCCCGGCCUGAGCCAGCCCUGCUCCUGCUCGUCAGCCU